AUGAAGGAGGAGGACGUUGAAUUGCGGGCGAAGGAUGCCAAGAAACAAGAAAGAGAGAAGCAUGGGGACCAAGAGAAGAAAGACGAUGAUGCGAAAUCCCAAGAUUUGGAUCCCGAGGAACAAGAAAUACAGAAUGAUAAAGGAGCUGACAAGAAAGGAGCAGCUCAACUCAGAAACGAGUUUGUCGAGAAUGAGGAAACAAAGAAGGAUGGAGAUACGGAGAAGGGGAGUGAAGAUGUUAAUCACCAGGGGGAGGAUUUGAACAGAAAUGAAGUAAAGGAGCAAGGCAUUGAAAGGAAAUAUGCGGACAUCAAAUUUGAAGCUAGAGAUUCUGAGGAGAAAGAAGUCAACGGAAACGGGGGAGGGGAGAAGAAUGGUGAAAUCGUUGAACCUCAGAUGAGUGAUCUCGAAGACAAUGAAGUUAAGAAAGGUGGGGAUAUGGAGACAAUGGGCGAAGUCUCCGAACACCAGUCAGAGAAUCUAAUGGACAAGGAGGAAUUACAAGAGGACGAGGUGCUAGGGAACAGAAGCGAAGAAUCUUUCGAGCCCCUCAUGGUGGCUGAGGAUGAAAGCGGUAAGGAAAAUAACAACGAAGAGUCGGAGAAGGAAGCAAAGGAUAUACCCCCAACCCCCGAAGUCGCCAAAGAACAGGAACCUCAACCACAGAAGGAGAACGGGACGGACGAUAAGAACCAGACCACCGAACCUACGGCUAAAAUCGCGAAAAAGGUCGAGGAAGAUAGUGGUAUGGAUUCGGGAUCUGAUUUUGAAUUUGAUUCCGAAAUUGAUAUGUCUCCGAUUGAAGAUUCUGAUAGUGAGGGUGACGAAGAGGAAGAAGGCGAUAUUGACGGGGAGUACAGCGUACAACCACCUUGGAAUGCUGUCUGUGUUAUCGGGCUACAAGUUUAUUCUAAGGAUUCGGGCUUAACUGUAAGAGUGGUGAAGCCAAAGCUUUGGCAAACGGUUGCUGAACCUCAACGUGAUUGUGAUGAUCCUGCAGUGGAGUGA